AUGCUGCUGCGCCACGUGGCAAGAACCUGCCGAAAUGCAUCGACGGCUGCGGCUGUCCCGCCGCCCGGAAUCUCGGACAUUGUUCCAGAACAUACUGGCGUGAGUUUGGAGGGGUACAUCAGUGUUGAGCGGAAUUCCGUCUUCCGCGAAUUUUUUUGUUCCGUCUUCCGUCUUCCGUGGUUUUUUUUUGUUCUGUCUUCCGUCUUUGGUGGAUUUUUUUGUUCUGUCUUCCGUCUUCCGGGAUUUUUUUGUUCCGUCUUCCGUCUUCCGUGGUUUUUUUUGUUCCGUCUUCCGUCUUCCGUGGAUUUUUUUGUUCCGUCUUCCGUCUUCCGUCUUCCGGGAUUUUUUCUUCUUACCGUAAAAGAGUAACAGCUUUUCAGAAGCCAUUUACUAGCCCCGAAAAACACAAAUUUCCACGGGCAGUGACCCAGACCCAAAAUUUUUGUUGUUUAGUUAUUUUUUUUCAAAAAAAAAACCGGAGAUAAAGGUUCUGCAUUGACGAUUUUUUGUUCCGUCUUCCGUGAGAAAAAUGUUCUUCCGUCUUCCGUUUUCCGUGUUCCGUAAAAAAAAAAUGUUCUUCCGUCUGCCGUCUGCCGUUUUCCGGAUUUCAAAAUUCCAUUUCCGCUCAACUAUAUCUUUGGAUGUAGUGCCAAUUUCAAAAAGUGGUCAACAUAGAAAGUGUUGAGCAUAUUUUGAGUUACAGACGUAUUUCAAAAGAGUGUCAAAGUCCUCCAGAAGGCCCAAAAUCGUCGUUUUCAGAUUUUCAUCAACAACCAGUUUGUGGCGGCGAAAUCCGGAAAAACAUUCGAAACGCACAACCCGUCGAACGGAAAACCGAUCACUCGAGUCGCCGAAGCGGAUAAGGAGGAUGUGAACGCGGCGGUCAACGUGAGUCUUGCCGUUUUUUUCUUUGAAAUAUUACACUUUUCCAUGUCUCAGGCCGCCAAAAAAGCGUUCGAAAUUGGCGGCGAAUGGCGGCGGAUGGACGCGUCGCAGAGAGGCGUGCUUCUCAACACAUUCGCCGAUUUGAUGGAGAGGGAUCGCGUCAUUUUGGCGGUUAGUUUGGACGUUUCGCAACUGAAGCAUGGUUUUUUCCAGAGCUUGGAAGCGUUGGAUGUAGGAAAACCCUACUCUGUCGCCUAUUCGGCCGACUUGUCGCUGGCGAUCAAGACCAUACGGUAGGUGGCGGGUUACUGUCAGAGUUGAGCGCAAUAACUCAACGGAAGAACACGGAAGAAUUUUUAUCUUUUUUAGAAAAUUUUUUCAUGAAAUGUGAUCAACUGACGAAAUGUAGAGCAAAGUGAACUCUGCUCAUAAAAAAAUAAUUGUAAAUUUAGCUUUUCAUACAAAAAAGUUAUUCGAGUUGUUGCGUUGGCCCUUUUUUGAACGGAACAACUCGAAUAACUUUUUUGUAUGAAUCGCUAAAUUUACAAUUAUUUUUCUAUGAGCAGAGUUCACUUUGCUAUACAUUUCGUCAGUUGAUCACAUUCCAUGAAAAAAUUUUCUAAAAAAGAAAAAAAUUCUUCCGUUGAGUUCUUCCGCUCAACUCUGGUUACUGUACCAUCCGCCAGUGGCCUGAAACAAUGCGUGCAGGUACUACGCCGGUUGGGCCGACAAGAACCACGGCAAGACGAUUCCGGUGAACGGCGACUACUUCACGUACACGCGGCACGAGCCGGUCGGCGUCUGCGGGCAGAUUAUUCCGUGGAACUUUCCGCUGUUGAUGCAGGCGUGGAAACUGGGGCCGGCGCUCGCGAUGGGCAACACGGUCGUGAUGAAGGUGGCCGAGCAGACGCCGUUGAGCGGGCUUCACGUGGCCGCGUUGAGUCGGGAAGCCGGAUUUCCGGAUGGAGUUGUGAACGUGCUGGCCGGGUACGGACACACUGCCGGACAAGCCAUCUCGGAGCACAUGGACGUGGAUAAGGUCGCGUUCACCGGAAGUACGGACGUGGGACGGAUGGUGAUGAGGGCCGCCGCCGACUCGAACAUCAAAAAGUAUGUCGGGCUGUUGGUCUGCGAUGGUGGAGAGCUUAUGGUAUUUCAGAGUGACUCUGGAACUCGGCGGCAAGAGCCCGAAUAUCAUUUUCGCCGACGCUAACAUCGAGGAAGCGGUUAAGCAGGCGAAUCACGGAAUAUUCUUCAACCAGGGACAGUGUUGUGCGGCCGGUUCUCGUACUUUUGUGGAGGGAAAGGUUUGCACAAGAGCUCUUGGAAGUUGGCGGACAGACUAAAGCAGUACUGACUUCCAAGAGCUACAGUACACCAGGGAGUGGAUUUGGAAGGAAGUUUUCAACUACAAAAUUAAAGUUUGGAAUUAGUACUGUACCUUAUUAGUUGACAACUUUUUUCUAAAACCAUUCCCUAGAGUACUGUAGCGCUUGGAAGUUGGGACUAUUUGAAUCCACUCGCGUUUUAUUGAUAAUUUCUAAGAGCUACAGUAACCAUGGGAGUGGUUGUGCAGAAAAGUUGUCAACUACAAAAAUAUAGUUCUAAUUCUGAAUUUUAAUUUUCUAAUUGAUCACUUUCAUGUACAAUUACUCGCAAGACUACUGUAGUUGCUGAGAAUUUGGGUGAUUUUCAAUUAUAUUCCAGAUCUACGACGAGUUUGUGGCUCGUUCGAAAGCGAUCGCCGAGUCGGCAGUCAUCGGGGACGCGUUCGGCACCGGCGUAACUCACGGACCUCAAGUGAACGCGAAACAAGUGGACACGAUUCUCCACUACAUUUCCGAGGGAAAACGCGACGGCGCACAACUGGUGACCGGAGGCGUCCGUCACGGAGAAGAGGGAUUCUUUGUGAAGCCGACAAUCUUCGCGAACGUGACCGAUGAGAUGCGGAUUGCGCAGGAGGAGAUCUUCGGUCCCGUCAUGAGUAUUAUCCGAUUCGACACGAUGGAAGAGCUCGUCGAAAAGGCGAACAACACCAUUUACGGACUGGCGGCCGGAAUUGUGACGAACGACUUGGACAAGGCGCUUUCCCUCGCGAACACGAUCCGAGCCGGCUCGGUUUGGGUCAAUUGUUAUGACGUUUUCCAGGCCGCCGCGCCGUUUGGAGGCUUCAAACAGUCAGGUACGGUACUUCAAACAGUCACGGCUUUGUAAUACUAUUGAGAGAUUUCAGGUAUUGGUCGUGAACUUGGAGAGUACGGAUUGGAGGCUUAUACCGAGGUGAAGACGGUCACGAUCAAGGUGCCACAAAAGAAUUCGUAG